UUCACAGACUGCCGAGAUGAUGAUGAUUAUGUGGAUAUCUGUCAUGCUUCUAUGGGAAACGUACCCAUCACAUUCUAAGAUUGUUCAUCAACCAGAUCCAGUGAUGGUAGUCUCUGUUGGGGACAAUGUCACGCUGCGUUGCUUUAUUCUGAUGGAUCACAGUGAUCCAAUUACUUGGUACAAGCAAACUUCUGGACACCAACCACAAGCUGUUGCAAUGGUGCAGAAAUUAGCCAAAACCCCUCAUUUCUUUGAAAACAUUGAAUCCUCACGCUUUAGCAUCGAGACAGACACAGAAAAAUGUAAUUUAAGGAUUUCAAAUGUCACUUCAUCUGAUGAAGCUAUGUAUUACUGUGGCUGGAGAAAGUAUGAAACUUACUUUGCUGGAGGCACAUAUUUGGCUUUGAAAGGGUCACAAAACCACCGAUAUGAAUUCAAGGUGUCUGUUCUUCAGCAUCCCGUUUCAGAGCCAGUCCAGUCUGGAGAUACAGUGACCCUGCGGUGCUCUGUGCUGUAUGAACACAGCACCACAGAUAUCAGGAUGUUCUGGUUCAGAUCAGAUUCAGGACAAUCUGUUCCAGAAAUCCUUCAUACUCAUAAUCAUUCUAAUCAGUGUGAGACUGACUCUACACAGAGCUGCACAUUCAAACUGUCAAAAAACAUUAGCAGUCAAAUUGACACUAGCACUUACUACUGCGCUGUAGUCACCUGCGGAAAAAUUCUGUUUGGGAAUGGAACAAAAAUAAAUAUGGUAAAGCCAGUGGAUCCUCUAGUCAUUAUCUUGGGUGUGUUAUUGGGCAUUUGUGUGGUUGUGAUCACUGCUCAAGCUAUUUCAAGUUUUAAAAAGGAAAAAUACUACAACAGCAAAGAAAAAAUGCUACAAGACACUGAAAAAGAGCAUCCCUCCAGUCAGGACCAUGAUGCAGUGAUGUUGAGUUAUGCUGCUUUGCAUUUUAAGAAGGCAAAUAACAGAAGAGUGCGAAGGAAGGGGGAAACACCUCAAGACAGUGUGUACAGCCAAAUCAACAACCCCAGUGUGAUUGACCAUACUGGGAUUGAAUACAGAAGUGUGUAGAAUCUAA